AUGGAGUACAAUGCCAUCUCCCAGUCCGACGAAAAUGACGAAAUGACCUCCGAUGCUUCAGUCUCGGAUAUAUCGGAGGCCUCUCCUAACAAAAUCCACCAGGCUUUCGAGAAGAUCACGCUCGACCUCGACAAUCUAGGAGGGUCCAGGUUUAUGAAGGUGGCGAGAAUCGACGAUCAGCCCAGCCCAUCGCUAGGCUCGGUUAUGAGAUCCUUAGGGUCCGCCUUAACGAACAGCUAUGACCUUCUGGACGAAGACAACUACGAUACCACAGCAACCCAUGGCGACCUGGCGAAUGGCUUUGUCCAGGCCAAUCACAUUAAUAAUGAUUCACAGUCUUCUUCUUCAUCCAAUCACCGCACCUCUGUAAACAGUAACUUCGACUCCUCCGCCAGUGACUACUUCCAAAACGCCACAACCGCGCCGCCAGCUGAGCCCCUUAUUCGAUCCCCUGUGUCUGCGUGUCCUGUUCCUCUUUGCCACCCAACACCCGACCUUCAAUCACUACAAGGCGCCUACGUGGGAAAUGUUGAGCGGCUGGAAAAAUCUGCAGAAACCCUGAGCACCUCCUCGAAUAUAGGGGAGGAACUACGCAAGUUGAAGCAAGAACAAAGAAGGCUCUCUGUUGCUGCCAGCGGCAGGGCUGUUGAUCCCCAUCCAUUUGGCCCUGGGUCCCCUGCCUCCGAAAUUUUCACCUCCUCGCAAUCGAACUCGAUCACUGGCAUAAAUACCGCGGCGAGGUCGAGCGGAUACUCCCCAGGAGAUUACGUCGCACCCCAAAAGAACGCGGUCAUGCUUGCCUCCUCCUCACAAACUGAUGCCCCUGCAUCUCUCGUGAGAUCGUCCUCAAUUGCCUUACGACUGGCUGGGUUCCCUGAACCUGAAAAUGAGGACCAGUCGACCCAACCCCACGAACCCCUCUCUGCCCCUCCAUUCCUGCCUCCUCUCGAGCUUCCUCAGCACGACCUUGUCGACAAUCAACAGCUACAACAACCUAUAGCUCCCGACCAUCCUCAGCCUACAUACGACGAGAAUGUCUCCGAAGAGCGCUCCCCAACACCAGGUUCAACGGAUACCUACAGGCAAUCAAAAUCUUUAUUCAAAGACUUUGAUGGAGUUCAUUUCGCUCCCCUACCCAGAGAGAGAGUCCCGGGUGGCCGUGUUUCGUUGACGAAACCACCUCUCGCCAGAGAAUCACAAUCCUUCAACAAUCCAACCCCGGGUGAAAAUAUGGUGUUUUAUCCUGCGCCUGUUCCAAUGAUGCUUAACCUUCCCCCCCGGCGAUCGAAAAAAUCACCCGAACCGCAUUACGAAAAACGCCGCUCGCAGCUCGUCAAUUCCUUCUCAGCAGGUGCAAGGAAGUCGGUGGUGUGGUCAUCUCAGCUAGAUCUAGUUAAUAAUGGUAAAGAAUCUAAGGAAGCACGGACUGCCAAGCGACUAUCGGAAAUACCACCACAGCUACGCGCUUCCGCUUAUUUUGACCUCCCCCCUGUCCAGAUGGACAUUGAAAUCAAGCAGAAUUCAGCCGUUGCUACCCUUGAUAGCAUUCUUGAUGCAUCAGCCCUUGCACCCGUUAGUGCCUUUACCGAUCACCCAAUCGCAGGCCAAGUUGGCAGUGAGGUCUACGGCAAGCCCAAGACAAAGAAAAAGUUACAGCCUCUUCCCGGUAAGCAGGGCAAAAAUGGCUCCCGCAAAUCUGCUGCAGAUCGGGAUAGCGUCAUGCUGUCCCGAAGCGAGCUUAGUACCAUUGGGCAGGAGGGAAAUCACGAGACUGAAGGACAUGCUAUUGAGGGUAGUAAUGAGGUGACUCGAUUCCGGGACUCGUAUGAAGGGGAUCAAGACCGCGUGGGUUCAGAUCUUCACAAUGAUAUGAAACAGCGGGAUUGUGGGGAAAGAAAUGAGGAUCGCCUUGGGGGAAAUGAAAAUUCAAGUGGGAGCAAUGAUGAGGAUAAUGAACAGGAGGAUGAGGAGGAGGAAGAGGAGGAAGAGGAGGCAACCUACGUUGGAGCUCCAACAACCCUCCUGGCCGAACUCCAGAUACGCAAGCAAGAACAAAAACAACGAAAUCGUACGGCAGCCACAGCGUUCCCCAAUGGUAUGCACUCGACAUUACUCGAAUUGGACGCUGUCGCCCAACACCAACGUGAAACGCGAAACCAAAAACACGUCACCCUCGCGUGGGAGGACCCUGUGAUCGCUGAACGAAACGAACCAGACGAUGAAGACGUGCCCCUCGCCGUGCUGUUUCCUAAAAAUGUGCAAAAUGAUGAAAAUAGACCCCUUGGCUUGAUGGAGAAGCUGGCGUUGGAAGAAAAUGAACCUCUCAGUCGGCGUCGGGCGCGCAUCCGUGGCGAACCCUAUGUUGGCAAAAAGUCUCCCAGUUCCAUGCAACGAGGAAGCACGGUUUUCCUAUCUACCAGCGAUCUUAAUGCCAAUGGCAACAACAACAAUGGGGAAGAAGAUGAGGAGGAGGAAGGGGAGACGUUAGCUCAACGGGCCCGUCGAUUAAAAUCCGAAGAAGUUAACGAAAGGCUAUCGAGGGACUUCACGAAUGAACUCCUGAGUCAAUUUGGCGCAGCGUCGAUUGAUGAGCCACACUCGUCGACUGAGCAGUCUAAGGAUCCACAACCGCAGCCUGCAGACUCCACAGAGCAACCGGAAGAAGAGACGCUCGGUCAACGCCGGCGACGUCUACAGGCCGAGAAGGCGCAGGCGGUAGAGGCAGAGGGAGCGGGUAUAACAGGGACGGUGCAAAAUAAUAUCACUGCUACAGUCGCUGCCAAGCAGCGACAUAGUAUGGCGAGUGUCCUGCAAGCGCAUCCGGCGCGUAGCGGCGGGAAAAAUCUGUAUCUCAAUAAUGGAGCUCGAUUUGGAAAUGCUAUGCGUCAUUCUCACUCCCACCAAAUACCACUAAAUGGCAUUCCGGCGAAUACGAGUACGACUAUGAAUAUGCAGCAGCAACAACAGCAGAGUUAUGGGGGGAAAAGUGCCAAGUACGCGUCUAUGGGAUAUGGGUACGGCCAUGUUAACGGAGCGGGUAUGGGCAAUGGCAUACAGUACACCACCAUGACCGGAAUGAGUGAUCUCGGAACGGGUCUGUCGUAUCGGAAUGGAUAUGGAUACCCGAACGCCAUUAAUGCUGGUUCUGGUGCGCGGGCAGGCGAAGCCAUUAUCGACCCUGGCCAACGCGAUAUUAUUGAUCGGUGGAGGCAGAGCGUGCGGUAUUAA